AUGGCGACGGAGGCGUUCGAGAUGUACCGGCAGUCGGAGAUCGGCUACGCCCUCACCGAGACGCUGGACGAGAUGGUGAGCAGCGGCGUGCUCAGCCCCGACCUCGCCAUCACCGUCCUCCUGCAGUUCGACAAGUCCAUGGGACACGCGCUGGAUAAGCAUGUCAAGAGCAGGGCCUUCUUCAAGCGCGGCAAUCUGUGCACAUACAGGAACUGCGAUGACGUCUGGACAUUAAUCUUGAGAGACGUGACGUUCAAGAACGAGGAUAUCGAAACAGUCCUCCACAAAGUGAAGAUCGUCGCCUGCGAUUCUGCUGUGCUUAAGAAGCCUCUCAAACCUAUUACUUGCCAUCAGUGCCAACCAUAG